UUCCAAGACGAUUUCCCAUUUCGACGGUUCACGCUCUUGCGCGUUUCUGUUCGCUGUCUAUAAAUACACAGGCAAGGCGAAGGCUGGUGUUUUGAUCUCGCAAGGUUUUCGCAGCACGGUUUUCUCUUCGCGCGCGGCCAUGGGGAGACGUCCUGCAAGAUGUUACCGCCAGAUUAAAAAUAAGCCAUAUCCAAAGUCAAGAUUCUGCCGUGGUGUUCCAGAUCCUAAGAUUAGGAUCUAUGAUGUGGGGAUGAAGAAGAAAGGCGUUGAUGAAUUCCCUUUCUGUGUUCACUUGGUUAGCUGGGAGAAGGAGAAUGUAUCUAGUGAGGCACUAGAAGCCGCACGCAUCGCAUGCAACAAGUAUAUGACAAAGUUUGCAGGGAAGGAUGCUUUUCAUUUAAGAGUCAGAGUUCAUCCCUUCCAUGUUCUGCGAAUCAAUAAGAUGCUAUCCUGUGCUGGAGCUGAUAGGCUCCAGACAGGGAUGAGGGGUGCCUUUGGAAAACCACAGGGGACAUGUGCCAGGGUGAACAUUGGGCAGGUUCUUCUAUCCGUUCGUUGCAAGGAUGGCAAUAGCCAGCAUGCACAAGAAGCACUACGACGAGCUAAGUUCAAGUUCCCCGGACGCCAAAAGAUAAUUGUCAGUGGCAAAUGGGGUUUUACCAAGUUUAGCCGGGCUGAUUAUAUGAAGUGGAAAAGUGAAAACAGAAUCGUCCCAGAUGGUGUCAAUGCUAAGCUACUUGGAUGGCACGGUCCACUUGCUGGUCGGGAACCUGGAAAAGCUCUACUGCAGCCGUCAGCUGCUAAAGCUUCUUAGAAUAUAUCUAUUGUUCGGUAUAUGUCUACUAUAAAAACAAAAAGUCUGAUUGGGACUGUUAAAUAAAAUUGAAAUGGCCUUGAGUUUUGAUCCAAUCAUGUAUAUUGGAAGGUAUAGUCUUGGGACAAUAUUUCUAUGAGGGGAAACUAUCUUAGAAUUCCAGCUCCUUGUCCUUGUAUUGUACAAUCAAUUUUAGAUAUACAGAUAUCCCUUUACGUUUCUUUA